AUGAACGAAAAGCAGAUCUACAAAGGUUGCCCAGGCCAUAGCACCAAUGGCACAAUUGAUUUGUUACCGACAUCUAUUGAAAAUGGUAUUCAGCUUGCUGGCGAAGAGGCCGUCGACAGGAAUGGGAUCAGACUUCAUCCGCAACCUACAUCUGAUCCGCUGGACCCUUUGAACUGGUCGAGCCUCCAAAAACAUGGGAUCUUAUCGAUUGUCAUGCUCAACUAUUUUCUGUUCACGUACCUGACCACGACCACGGUUCCAUCCUUCCCAGAGAUCCAAAGUCAAUAUUCCAUCAGCUAUUCCCAAGUCAAUUGGACUGUUGCCAUCCCGGCAUUGGGUUUAUCUGUUGGUCCUUUGAUAUGGACUUCGCUGAGUGAUAUUUAUGGUCGCCGGAUUAUUUUCUUAAUUGGCACGAUUAUUGCCUUAGUUUCUACAGUCGGCGCGGCAGUGGCGGACACAUACGCAGGCUAUAUGGCAGCUCGAUUUUUUCAAGGACUUGGCGUGAGCCCUGCCUCAACCGUCGGCAUGGCUAUUGUGAACGAUCUAUUUUUCGAAUAUGAACGCGGACAAAAGCUCGGUUUGUGGGUGUUGGCCAUUGAUUCUGGACUUCUACUCGGCCCUACCUUUGGUGGCUUUAUGAAUCUCGUCAGUGCGGCAUGGAUCAACUGGUUCAAUGCCAUUUUGUUCGCAGUCCUCUUGGUUUUGCAGGUAAUAUUCAUGCCCGAGACAUUAUACCCUCGGCAAAAUAUGCUUCUUCGAUCGCAUGUUGUGGAAGGGAAACCGCCUUGUGUUCCGAACAUUGAGAAGCAAGUGGCAGAUCAAAGCCCCACACCUCAACCGAGUUCAACAGUAGAGCUUGCCUCUGAUGAUCUACCGAGGACGAAGAACCUUCCAUUUGUAAACUUCAUGCCAGUCCCUGGGAUGCGUCAUCCAAAACCCUGGGACUCGAUAACUCGAUUCGUGCUCACAUUUCAAUUCCCUGUGGUCGUGAUUGGAGUUCUCGGGUAUUCAUUUGUUUGGUACUGGUGGAUUCUCUCUAUUAUCACCAUGGUACCCGCAGCCUAUGAGAACUACUCUCCUCUCAUACAAGGCUUGUUUUUCUUAGGUCUAUUUCUGGGGACAAUCGUCUCGGAAAUAUGCUGCUCGGGGCGGCUGAGUGAUUACAUUGUGGAAAGACUGGCAAAGAGAAAUGGGGGCGUUCGCGUCGCAGAAAUGCGAUUAUGGUUGGCUUAUCCUGCUAUAUUGGUCACUGCAGUCGGAUCAAUUCUUUGGGGUGUCAGUCUCGAUAAAAACUAUCAUUGGAUGGUUGGCCAAGUUGCAUUCUUCCUCUUUGCUGCAGGUGUCCAGGUUGGCAACACAGUCAUCAGCAGCUAUAUUGUCGAUUGCUACCCAUUUCAAUCGACCAGUGUGAUCACUUUCUAUGCCGUGUUUCUGAACUUGAGUGCCUUUAUCAAUCCGUUUUUCAUCGCUUCUUGGGAAGCAUCGGUUGGCUGGACCUGGACGUUUACCAUGCAGGCGUUGAUUGUUCUUGUUGGAGGCGGUCUAGUAUUUGGAGUUUUGCAUAUAUACGGCGCACAUAUGAGAGCGAAGGCACCGCAGCCAUCAUGGGUCAAUCCAGAGUAUGAUACAAGGGCUUAG